AUAUUGUGUGACAGAAGUUAUGAAGACGUUUCUUGUAACAGGGCUUAGUUUUGUGUUAAGCGGGUUUGUGAUUGGAAAUGCAUACUAUCAGAAGAAGCAGUUUUAUCCAUCAGUGGUCUAUAUCACGAAAUCCAAUCCCAGUAUGGCGAUGCUGUACAUUCAAGCCUUUGUUUUCAUCAUUCUCAUGGGAAAACUAAUGAGAAAAAUAUUUUUUGGGACUCUUCGACCUGCAGAAGUAGAGCAUUUAAUAGAGAGAUCAUGGUAUGCAGUGACAGAGACCUGCUUAGCGUUUACAGUAUUUCGAGAUGACUUCAGUCCAAAAUUCGUAGCUCUCUUCACUCUUCUGUUGUUUCUGAAGUGUUUUCACUGGUUGGCCGAGGACAGAAUUGAUUAUAUGGAGAGAAGUCCUGUCAUAUCAGUAUUAUUUCACAUUAGGGCAUUAACACUGAUAGCAUUACUGGGUGUCCUAGAUAUCUACUUUAUAAACCAUGCUUACUACAGUACACUCACCAAAGGGGCAUCAGUACAGCUGGUGUUUGGGUUUGAGUAUGCCAUCUUGAUGACCAUUGUGGCUAUGACAUUUAUGAAGUAUAUCCUACACUCUAUAGACUUACAGAAUGAGAAUCCGUGGGAAAACAAGGCAGUGUACCUACUGUACACAGAGUUAGUACUAGGUGCUGUGAAGGUUGUGUUAUACAUGGCGUUCAUGGUAAUCAUGAUCAAAGUCCACACAUUCCCACUGUUUGCCAUCAGACCCAUGUAUCUCUCAAUGAGGGGAUUCAAGAAAGCCUUACAUGAUGUCAUUAUGUCUAGGAGAGCUAUCAGAAACAUGAACACCUAUUAUCCUGAUGCCACUGAGGAAGAGCUUCAAGUGGACGAUGUCUGUAUCAUCUGUCGGGAAACCAUGACAACAGCUGCUAAAAAGUUACCAUGUAACCACAUCUUCCACACCAGCUGUCUGCGGUCAUGGUUCCAGAGACAGCAGACCUGUCCCACAUGUAGGCGGGAUGUACUGAGGACGACACCCACCCAAACACAAGCUCCACCCCCUCCUCAACCAGCGCAACCACAACCCCCUCAAAACAUGUUUGGGGGUAUGGCUGGUAUGCCUGGUAUUCCUCCUCAGAUGUGGCAACAGCCCCCUGUUCCUCCCCAGCAGCCAAACCCAGCUCCACCAGGUGGCACCCAGACACCACAAUCCACCACCUCUACUGCCACUGUCUCCUCCACGUUUACCCAGCCAUCAGUGUCCACAUCUACAGGCUUACCAGCAGGAAUGGGUGGUCUACCUACAGGCAUGCCAGCAGGAAUGGGUGGUCUUCCUACAGGAAUGCCACCACCAAUGAUGCCUAUGUUUCCACCUCUCAUGAUGCCUUUUGGCAUGCCUCGUCCUCCUAGCAAUCUUUCUGAGCUUUCUACGGAGGAUCUGAGGAAGAUUGAGGGACAAGAGAGGGAGAACGUAGAGGCCAGGAUUCAGUGGUUGAGGGAUAUCCAGGCAUUAAUGGAUGGAGCCAUGGUGAUGAUCAAUCAGUACAACACAGUAGCAGCUCAAUUAAGCACUCCAGUUAUAAAUACAAAUGUAUCCUCAGCAAAUAGAAGUAAGGAGGAACAGUCAAAGAGUGAAGUCAUAAAAACCAAAGAGGAAAUAAAAACAGAACCCUCUGGGACAGAUCUUAAUUACGAGGAUCUGGAGGGAGCCACGGGAUACAGCCCCCCAAAGGAGGAAGAAAUGCCAGAAUGGGAGGAUCCAGCCAAAGAAGAAUUCGCAGAUGAAAUGCAUGAAAUCCGACGGCGGAGAUUACAGAAGUUUGCCCAAGAACAGAAGGACACGCCCACUACUGACACAACCAGCUAGCACUACGCUGGUUCUAUGUGUUAAUUUUCAACAGUGCCUCCCUCAUCCAUAAAUUUUGUAAACUAAGUGGGUUGUCUUUCUUUGGUUUCAUUCUAGACCUGUCUAUACAUGUAACCCACAUGUAGGCGGAAAAAUUGUUUGCAGAGUUACCUCCUCUAUUUUAAUUCAUAAUACAUACUUCACUGAAAAUUAUGCAUUAAGGAGUUUUGAAUGUUUGUGUCCCUGGAAAUUUUGUUGGGUUUUAUCUGAAACAAUUCCAAGGUCAUAUAGAAUUCUUCCUUUUGUAACAAUUUAUUGGAUUUUCCAAGAAAGGAUUGUGCCAUACCCCCACGUACAAGCAAUUCAUGCGUAUUUAAGAUUAGCAAUGGAUGUUUAUGCCUGUCAUAUGAUUAAAAAAAAUUGAUCCCCUCCCCUGUUUUUUUUUCAUAAUUCAUAGUUAAAAUAAUUUUAAGAUUUCCAACUAAAAUUGGUAUGCAUUAUUCAACAAAAUAUUUCUUGGAGUGGCACUUUAAUUGAGGGUGAUUUAACAAAGGUCAGAUGUAUGAAAGUGUUUACAAUGUACAAGUAACUGUGUUUGAGUAUUGUGUAUGUGAUGAAAUUAUUGUGGUGCUUGAUUUCAUGUCAUUAAAAUUCUGCUCAUUUUGUUACAUGUACAGUACAUAUGAUUAUUUGUAAAUAUUGUAUUAUUAUUUUUGUUAAUUUCAUUGCAUUGAUAUUUAACUCCUGUUUUUCCUUGACUCAUAGCAGAUAUAGAAUUCAGAGCAGUGAACUGAAAAAAAGAUAUGCAAGAGAAGUUGAUUGUACUAAAGUUUGGGAUGAACAUUCAAUGUUCUGGACACCUUUUUUUAAAAUUAUCUUUUCUUUUUGUUGGUAACCUGAAUAGCAGAUAAAAAAUGUAUUUACCAUGCAAAAAAAAAUUGAUACUGGAAAAAGAAACUAAAAAAAAUGAUACUGGAAAAAGAAACCAUUGCUUUAAUUAAUAUGGUAAGGGACUGGUUUGAAAUAAAAUCAAGUCUUUUAGUAUA